UGGAGGGAUUUCAACAAAAUAUUGUAAAAUAUGGCGUUACUUAUAUUGUAGUAACCUGUGCGCAUCAAUAAACGUGAGUGUAUGUAUCCGGCACUUUUAUUGCUAAAUAUUAACCACUAAAUUCGCCAAGUUAUUCCAUCUAAACCCUAAUAAUAAUAAAAACAUCAUUAAUAAAAGUGAAAAAGUAAUUUUUUACAGACGUUUUAAAAAUGUCUAAAUCCGAGGAAACAAUACCCGCAACAACGAAUGCCACUGCUACAAAUUCACCUACAGCUACACCAACUCCGGCUCAAUCGCUGACAACAACAGAAACGACAGGUGAUACUAACGAAAACGAUUCAAAUGAUUCCUCUGGUGAAACAACAUCGUCCCGCGGUGGAGACUUUGAGACUAAAUUGGAGACCGAUCGCAGUAAGAGAUUUGAUUAUUUACUCCGUCAGACCGAGAUAUUUUCCCAUUUCAUGACAAACAACCAGAAAGAUAAAUCGACUAGUCCAUUGAAGGUUAAGCCCGGCAGGCCCCGAAAGAUUCAGCCAGCUGAUAAGUCCGCCGAAGCUAACAGCAAAACUGACUCCUCAGGUGAUCACAGACAUCGAAAAACCGAGCAAGAAGAGGAUGAAGAGCUGCUUGCUGAAUCAAACACCAAUGUCGCGCAAAUCACGCGGUUUGAAUCCUCCCCAAAUUAUAUUAAAAAUGGAGAGCUGCGUGAUUAUCAAAUCCGCGGUCUUAAUUGGAUGAUAUCCCUUUACGAAAAUGGAAUUAAUGGUAUUCUCGCGGAUGAAAUGGGUUUGGGUAAAACUCUGCAGACUAUUUCCCUGCUGGGUUACAUGAAACACUUCCGGAGCAUCCCCGGUCCGCACAUUGUAAUCGUUCCUAAAUCAACACUCGCCAACUGGAUGAACGAGUUCAAGAAAUGGUGUCCAAGCUUGCGCGCAGUUUGCCUAAUAGGAGACGCAGAAACCCGUAACACAUUUAUCCGGGACGUGAUGAUGCCCGGAGAGUGGGACGUCUGUAUAACUUCCUACGAGAUGGUAAUAAAAGAAAAGUCAGUAUUCAAAAAAUUCAACUGGCGGUACAUGGUGAUCGACGAAGCUCACAGGAUCAAGAAUGAAAAGUCAAAAUUAUCUGAAAUAUUGCGAGAAUUUAAAACAGCCAACCGGCUGCUACUAACUGGAACUCCGCUUCAGAACAAUCUUCACGAGCUUUGGGCCCUGUUGAACUUUUUACUGCCAGAUGUGUUCAAUAGCUCCGACGACUUUGACUCCUGGUUCAACACCAACAGCUUCCUCGGAGACAACUCGCUUGUUGAGCGUUUGCACGCGGUACUUCGUCCGUUUUUACUUCGUCGUUUGAAGUCUGAGGUAGAGAAAGGCUUGAAGCCGAAGAAGGAGAUGAAGGUUUACAUUGGGUUGAGUAAAAUGCAGCGAGAGUGGUACACAAAAGUUCUCAUGAAAGAUAUUGAUAUUGUCAAUGGAGCUGGUAAAAUUGAAAAAAUGCGCUUGCAAAAUAUAUUGAUGCAGUUGCGUAAGUGCUGUAAUCAUCCUUACCUAUUUGACGGAGCUGAGCCAGGUCCUCCUUAUACCACAGACGAACAUUUAGUCUACAACUGUGGGAAGAUGGUUAUUCUUGAUAAAUUACUGCCUAAAUUACAGCAGCAAGAUUCUCGUGUACUUAUCUUCAGCCAGAUGACCAGAAUGUUGGACAUUCUGGAGGAUUAUUGCCACUGGAGAGGGUUUCAAUAUUGUCGUCUGGACGGUAACACUGCCCAUGAAGAUCGUCAGCGUCAAAUAAACGAGUACAAUGCUCCGAACAGUGAGAAAUUUAUUUUCAUGUUAUCAACACGCGCUGGAGGGUUGGGAAUCAAUUUAGCCACCGCUGAUGUGGUUAUUAUAUUCGACUCCGAUUGGAAUCCUCAGAUGGACUUGCAAGCGAUGGACCGGGCUCAUCGGAUCGGUCAGCAGAAGCAAGUUUGUGUUUUUAGAUUCAUAACUGAGAACACUGUUGAGGAAAAAAUAGUGGAGCGAGCUGAAGUUAAAUUACGCCUUGAUAAACUGGUAAUUCAGCAAGGUAGAUUGGUCGACGCUAAACAGACUGCGCUUAACAAAGACGAGAUGCUUAAUAUUAUCAGACACGGAGCUAAUCAAGUGUUUGCGUCCAAGGACAGUGCAAUUACAGACGAGGAUAUUGACACGAUUUUGCAGAAAGGCGAGAGCAAAACUGCUGAGUUGAAGCAGAAGCUUGAGAGCCUUGGUGAAUCUUCGCUGAGAAAUUUUACUGUUGAUGCGCCUACGGACUCUGUUUAUCAGUUUGAGGGUGAGGAUUAUCGUGAGAAGCAGAAGAUACUUGGCCUGGGGCACUGGAUUGAGCCGCCUAAGCGGGAGCGCAAAGCCAAUUACGCUGUCGAUGCUUAUUUCCGAGAAGCUCUGAGAGUUUCUGAGCCAAAAGCGCCCAAAGCGCCACGUCCGCCUAAACAACCGAUCGUUCAAGACUUUCAAUUCUUCCCUCCGAGACUCUUCGAGCUGCUUGAUCAGGAGAUUUAUUAUUUCCGUCAGAGUGUUGGAUAUAAAGUACCGAAAAAUCCUGAGCUUGGGUCCGAUGCCGCGAGGGUUCAGAAGGAAGAGCAGAGGAAAAUUGAUGACGCUCAACCGCUGACUGACGAUGAGGUUACUGAAAAGGAGAAAUUAUUAACUCAGGGUUUUACCAACUGGACCAAGCGGGACUUUAAUCAGUUUAUUAAAGCUAAUGAAAAAUACGGAAGAGAUGACAUUGAGAAUAUUGCUAAGGAAGUCGAGGGGAAAACUCCUGAGGAAGUGAUGGAGUACUCUGCUGUCUUCUGGGAACGCUGUCACGAGCUUCAGGAUAUUGAUCGUGUAAUGGCGCAAAUUGAGCGUGGAGAAGCUAAAAUUCAGCGACGUGCGGGAAUCAAGAAGGCUCUUGAUGCGAAAAUGGCGAGAUAUCGCGCUCCGUUUCAUCAAUUAAGAAUUGCCUAUGGGACGAAUAAAGGGAAAAAUUACACUGAAGAGGAAGACAGAUUUUUAGUUUGUAUGUUACAUAAACUUGGAUUUGAUAAAGAAAAUGUCUAUGAAGAAUUAAGAGCUACUGUCCGCUCGGCUCCGCAAUUCAGAUUCGACUGGUUUGUCAAAUCAAGGACAGCUUUGGAGCUUCAGAGAAGGUGUAAUACUCUUAUUACUUUAAUUGAACGGGAGAAUCAAGAGCUGGAGGAACGCGAGAGACAGGAGCGUCGUAAAAAGGGCGGCGGAGCUGGUGGCGGAGGUGGAAAUGCUGGAACAAAGCCUACUGGUAAAAGGAAGCAAGAAAACUUGCCAGCUCCUCAGGAGAAACCCAGGAAGAAGAAGAAAUAAGUAAUUUUUCUUUCGUUUUAUUUCUCAUUAAAUUAAUUGAUUUAUUUUUAAUAUUUUUCUUAAAUUAAUCAUUGACUGGCAGAUUGUAAACGUGUGUUGCUCCUUAAUUUUUCUUUAUUAGUCGGUACUUUUUUUUUUUUUUUUACUCAUAAUAUUGUAAGAUUUAUUUAUCUUAACUAUUACUUAGUAUUAUUCUACUGAUAUAAUUAAUAUUAUUAUUAUG